AUUUGGGAUCGUUUCAAAAACACAAUUAUCAUUAGUUUUAUUUAUUCGCGUUGACUCACGUUUUUCUCUGACAGCCUUGGAACGGUUAAAUUAAUGAAGAUGCAGCACAAUAAAUGUAAUCAGACAUCUUACAAGUUUCUUAUGGGUACUGCUGUAAUGGACCAAUAGGGGUGCAGAUAGGCAGGACCGCUAGUGAAUUUAGCUGUAUGUCGAACCUGCCGCCGCGUCGUAAAGGACAAGGAAACACACACGUUUGUACAGCAUCAAUCCCGGUACCAAUAGCGUGAUGCUCGCUCUCUGCAUCCUGCCGCUGCUCCUCGCGCAGGUCCAGGCCCGGAUGGGGGAGGAGCCCACAGCCGAGCUUUCGGUGCGGCUGUACCAUCAGCUGCAGUCGGAAGGGACUCAGAACAUCGUGUUCUCCCCCGUCAGCGUGGCCCUGGCCCUUGGCCUAGUGGAGCUGGGGGCCCGAGGCUCGUCCCUGAAGGAGAUCCGGCAAGCUGUGGGCUACAGUCACCUCAAACCAGGUGAGGAGUUCUCCCUGCUGGAGAACAUGACACAGCAGCUGACUUCGGACGACAGUCCAUGCAUUUUGCGGCUCGCCAACUCGCUGUUCCUCCAGACUGGGGUGCACUUCUACCCCGACUUCCUACAGCUUGCCCAGAAGUACUUUAAGGCAGAAACUGAGACCGUGGACUUCGGCGAGUCAGCCGUGGUGGCCCAGCACAUCAACGAUUGGGUGGAGAACCACACCGAGAGUAAAAUCCGAGACUUGCUCUCAUCUGAAGACUUCAGCAGCCUGACCCGGCUUGCACUGGUCAACGCCGUGUACUUUCGAGGCAGCUGGAAGAACCAGUUCCGGCCUGAGAACACCAGGACCUUCUCGUUCAGCAAGGACGACGGGACCGAUGUCCAGACCCUCAUGAUGUACCAGCAGGGCGACUUCUACUAUGGCGAGUUCAGCGACGGCUCCACCGAGGCCGGGGGCGUGUACCAGGUCCUGGAGAUGCCGUACGAGGGGGAAGACAUGAGCAUGAUGAUCGUCCUGCCCCGACAGGAAGUGCCGCUGGCCACGCUGGAGCCCAUCAUUCAGGCCCAGCUGCUUGACGACUGGGUGGCCAAUGUCAAGAAGCAGAAGGUGGAGGUGUACCUGCCCAGGUUCAAAGUCGAGCAGAAGCUGGACCUGAGGGAUACCCUGCAGCAGUUGGGCAUCAGGAACAUCUUCAGCAAGGAUGCGGAUCUGUCAGCCAUGACAGACGGGAAGGACCUGUACAUAAGCAAGGCAGUUCAGAAGGCCUACCUGGAGGUGACGGAGGAGGGGGCAGAGGGAGCGGCCUCCUCAGGAAUGAUUGCCCUGACUAGGACGUUGGUGCUGUGCCCUCAGGUCAUGGCUGAUCAUCCCUUCUUCUUUUUCAUCAGAAACCGGAGAACAGGAUCUGUGCUCUUCAUGGGAAGAGUGAUGAAGCCCGAAGUCAUUGAGCCCAACCAGCACGACUUUGAAGGGGUGUAACCCCCUGCAGUCCCACCAUCAUACGGCAAACAUCUCAGUAGAGCCCCACCCCCCCACCUGCCAAUCAUCUGCCAAGUUUUUGUGGAAACACCCCAGGGACACAGCAACCAGCAUAGUACUGGUGAUCUGUAAAGAGCUUUCAAAAUGUAUAAAGCACUAAUACACGUCUCCCCCACCCUCAAACUGCAGCCUCACUACAGCCCAGCACACUGGCUGCCAAAGGUGUGCAUUUUACUCAAGGCUUCACUGCAUGAUUUGGUUGUACAUUUUGAAAUUGUGUUAUGUAUACGUAGAUAUUUAUUGCUAAUGUACGUGCUCUGUUCAGUAUUUAAAUCCUGGAUUGCAUCCUUGGUCAUUUUCAUUUCUCUUUUUUAACGCUAUGGGUAUUUGCUAUAAAAUACUGCUGAACUACUAACAUGCCUUACGUGAGCUGAUAUGGACUAGGGGUGAGGUCUCCGAUGAGGAAACGAGAAAUCACCAGCUGUAUCCUCUCUUUGGAAAUAAAUAUGAAUGUGUUCAA